UAAAUCCAUCUCUCUCUGUACUUUCUCUUUCAGUGACCGGGAAUUUUUAAUUUUGCUAAUAUUUAAUAUUUAUAAAAAUAAUAUUGUAUGAAAGCAUAAAUGAGAAACUGUGUAUAUAAAAAACUUAAGUGUUAUUUAUUGGUUUAGUAAGAAACUACACGUUUGCCUGGUUUUAAUUGUAUAUUGUCUUGACAGAUAACCUUAAUUUUAAUUUUCAUGUAAAUAAAAUAGUGUGAGGACAAUUUACUGACUUGAGUAGUGUUAGUGUUAAAUCAAAAUGCAGCAUUUGUUACAAGCUAGUCCCAUACUGGAUAGAUUGAAACAUAUCCAGCAAGUGUUGUCAUAUAAGAUACAGCUGACAACUUCACAAAAGGUUGUACUGUGGAGUUUAGGAGUAGUGGGCACAAGUGCGGUAGUUGUAGGUGUUUUGUCACGGUACUUGGCGAGACGUCGGGCAAAGCCUAUUUUUAAUCCUAGAAUUCAAAGAGCAAUCAACAAAAGAUUGUCUAGAAUGAGGAGUCCCAAUGGAGGAAUGGGAUCUGUUGCUAGCAGUGGUGGUCGGAGCAGCCCUCUUGGAUUUAGUGAGAGGCUCUCAAUGGCAUCUGGUUCUAUUGGCUCUGGUGGCGGAGAUGCUGCGCCUCUCUCUCCGCAGCAACUUGGUGUAAUGGGUAUGGAGGCGUUAGAGACGAGUAUAAAUUAUUGGGAGGACGCGUUGGCUGCGUUCUCGAUGGGAGCCCGCGGUGGAGUGUCGGGGGCGCUGGCGCUCACCUCGCCCGAGGAGGCUGAGUUUUGUAGAGAGAUACAGGAGUUACUCCAGAACGCGUAUAUGCUGCAAGAGCGCUGUGAACUGCUGUUCCUCGAUCAGCGGUCGGUGCUGUUUCGUUCGGAGAGCGGCGGCGGGGUGGAGGGUUCAGGGCGGCGCACCAGACUACUGUCCUCACAUACAUCAGAAACCCGCAAGGAACAUCACUCCAGCGCCGAGUCCUUCGCCUCCGCCGAAGACCAGGUUGCCGACUUGCGGGAGUUCGACGACUUGGCCGAGUCAUUCCCAGAGAUAGAGAAGCUGGAACUGUACCAAGCGGCCGUUAAGCAGUUGGAACAUGGCAUUCCUUGCAGGACGGUUCGGUCGGAGGUGUUGCAGUGCGGGUCGGAGGCGGAGUUCCUCUGUAAGCUGCACUGCGUCCGGUCCGCGCUGGACGCCGCGCUGGGCGGGGCGGGCGGCGGGGCGGGACGCGCCUGGCUGGUGGACGCCGGCCGACAGGUCCUCACAGACCUGCUUCUGUAUGCUGAUAAGGAGCCCAAGGAGUUCCUGGUGGCUUACGAGGAGAUGGUGUCGUGGUCGAGCGAGCCGUCAAACUGGCCGGUGGUGGAGGCGGAGCUGAGCGCCAAGGGCGUGCGGGUGCUGUCUUUCUACGAUGUGGUGCUGGACUACAUCCUGUUAGACGCGUUCGAAGACCUCGCCGCGCCGCCCGCCUCCGUGCUGGCCGUCGUCAGGAACCGGUGGCUCUCGGACGGGUUCAAAGAGAGCGCGUUGACAACAGCUGUGUGGUCCGUCAUCAAAGCUAAGAGGCGUUACCUCCAGUACCCCGACGGGUUCAUGGCGCACUUCUACUCCAUAUCGGAGCAUCUCCUUCCUGUACUGGUCUGGGGUUUCCUGGGACCCCGGGAACGGUUGAAGGACGUCUGCGAAACCUUCCAGGCGGAGAUAGUAGGCUUCAUAACAGAUAUAUUCAGUUUCGAAAAAUCCAGAUACACGACGGUGGAGGACCUCGCCGAGGACAUCAUGCAGCACGCGCGCACACGAGCCGCUAACCUUACCGACAAACUGGCCGAGAGAACAUAAACCCGUUAGAUAGGAUGCUCCUACAUAAUCAAGCUAUAUAGAAUACCUCUCUACUGUGCUGCCGAAGCCCACGAGGAAGCUCGCGGGCUUCGAGAUCUAUGCAUUAAAUUAAUUUUUAUAAAUCGAGUAGUACAUUCCGCAUGUUUAUUUAAAUAUAUUUAAGGGCAUAAAAUGCAAUUUGAACAUUUUAUAAUCUGUGCAAUAAUCUAUCUAUAUUAAUUAUGAAUCUGCAUUUACUUGACGCUUGUCAGUAGCAUAUGUACUGCUUCAGAGGUAUCUAUUAUAGCGUUUUUGUUAUAGUUAUUGUAAGAAAAAGUGACGUACACAUGUACUUCCUGUGACAAUUCUAUGUGAGAGCGGACAGAGCAGAGGAUAUAUGGAUUUAGUGAUGUUGAACAUAAGAUUGUAUUCUAAUAGUAAUCAUAGUCCGGACUCCGGACGAGGUUAACAGAUGUUAAAAGGUAAAAUAAUGUUUACAAUAAUCUACAUAUAUGUAUGUAUGUCCGUUUAAGUUGUUGUUAGCGGACGAGCUGUUUAUUGUUUUGUAAAUAUAUUUAUUAUAUCUG